GUGCUCGGGGUGCGGAAGAGUCAGUGCGCGGCGAGGCGCGCCAGCUGCCGCACGUCAUGAUUCUACCCCAGAAUAAUGUGACAGAAGGGGAAGAAGAAGAUCUGCCUGAAGACGCUUCCUCGCUGUUGUCGGUGCUUCUAGUUGGUUUCCUCUUCCUGGUAUUGAUAUUUUUAUCCGUCGCGGGCAACAUCCUCGUCUGCGUGGCCAUUUACACGGACCGUGGGCUACGGAGGAUAGGGAAUCUGUUCCUCGCGUCCCUCGCGAUCGCCGAUCUGUUCGUCGGCUGUCUGGUGAUGACGUUCGCCGGGGUCAACGAUCUCCUCGGAUAUUGGAUGUUCGGCCCGCGGUUCUGCGACACUUGGAUCGCGUUCGAUGUUAUGUGCAGCACUGCCUCCAUUUUGAAUCUAUGCGCGAUAUCCCUCGACCGUUACAUCCAUAUCAAGGACCCCCUCAGAUACGGUCGUUGGGUGACCAGGAGAGUGGCGGUCGCCGGGAUCAUGAUCGUGUGGCUGCUCGCAGCACUCAUAUCCUUUGUACCGAUUAGCCUAGGCCUUCACCGGGCAGGAGAAGAAGAAGCCAUAGUUUACGAUGACGGCCCUGAGGAAAACCCUACGUGCGCCUUAGACCUUACACCCACCUACGCGGUCGUCUCCUCUUCCAUAUCUUUUUACGUGCCCUGCAUCGUAAUGCUGGGAAUUUAUUGCAGGCUCUAUUGUUACGCGCAGAAACACGUGAAAAGCAUCCGGGCAGUGACGAAGCUGCCGGACACAUCAAUGGCCAAGAGCUUUCGCGGGAAGAGCACCCGCAACAAGCCGCCGAAACCGCCAACUAAAACGAAGCCGACGAGCCCUUAUCACGUGUCCGAUCACAAGGCCGCCAUCACCGUAGGCGUAAUUAUGGGUGUUUUCUUAAUUUGCUGGGUACCCUUUUUCUGCGUCAACAUCGUCGCCGCGUAUUGCAAGACCUGCAUAUCAGUCCGAGCGUUCCAAGUACUCACUUGGCUCGGCUACAGCAACUCGGCCUUCAACCCGAUCAUCUACAGCAUAUUUAACACAGAGUUCCGGGAAGCGUUCAAGAGGAUCCUGACGAAAGGUGCACGCGCCCGAGGGAACCAACCGUCGACCAGCGAGUGCGGCGAGUUUCGAUCGGUGGUGGUGCAGAAACGGAACGGAUCCAUGAUCGAGUGUAACAUUAGUCCGAGAUCGAGCGCGGACAGCUGUCAGGUCAAAUCUAAGAGACAACGGACACGCCAACAAACGAACAACGUUUGUCGUUUUAAUCGAUCGAACGAGACAUUCGAAGAUUUGCUAUGAUUCGUCGAAACGCGGGGAACGUUGUUGAACUUUUUGUCCGAGUUCUCGCUGCUAAAAGCUAAAAUACAAGCUUUUCCUGGCUCGGAAAAUGCCGUCGGGGGAAGAAGAGAAAAUGAUCUAGGUAAACAAAUGUUGCUCACUCUGCGUAGAAUUAGGCGGUGACCACUUGGCUCCCGAUGGAGUUGGAGCAGUUCGCGCCCGAAUCGCGGCCAAUUUGCGCCCAUACCUGCUCCGAUGCAAUAAUGACGCAUAUCGAUCAAUUGGAUAUUGGAGCGUUUAUGUUGGUAGGCUCCUCUCUCUCUUAUUGUUUCAAUUCAUCGAGAAAAGUUCGACGCGACCGAUCUCUUCGUUUCGACGGUACCGGCGCCGCUAGUCAUGGCUCAGAACGCGAGGACGACCAACACGGCGUAAAGAAUUUGCGAUUUUUUUACUGGCUAUUUUUUAAGCGGAAACGGUGAACGGUGAACGGUGAACGGCGAACGGAAGCGGAACCCGACGACCAUGGACAGUGGUAAAUUAACGGGGGGUAGAGAAAAGCAAUGAGAAGAACGAGAAAAAGAAAAAAAAAAGAAAAGAACAAGAGAACAAUGAAAGACAAUCACCAAAAGGUAGUUCAAAACAUAUCCACGAGACAUAAUCCACCCACGAUAUAAGGAAACAAAACUAAAUGGAUAAGCGCGGAGACUGGAGAGGACACCGAAGUUCCGACAAAAAUGAAAACACGGGGGCUCGUAUUGGUAGAACGGAGAAUUCGAGCGAUUAGUAUCUUUAGAGCGUACGUUCUCGUAAAGCAAUUGUAAUUAAACAGAAAUCAUGUUGAUAUAGAGCGUGUAUCUACGACCGUAAACUAAACAAAGCUGGAUGUUACGCGAAGCACUAAAAACAUAGUAACGUCUGUCGAAAAAAUCGUAGCUUAUUAGUGUUAGGAUCGCGGUGGAACCCGCACAGAUUCAUUUUCCAUCUUGUAAAUAGUCAUUUAUUUAUUUUUCUAUAUUUGACGGGAGCGACACCAAGACGAGAAAAGAGACGAUCCGUCUCGCGUGUAAUUUUACGCGUUCCAAAGCGAUUGCUUCGUUUAGGACCCGUCGAAUCUGAACUCGAAUCUGCGUCUCGCAUAUCCGAACGAACAAAGAAACGCUCGCGAAAACGCGGCGAGUCUCUUCCACGCAUCUAUAUCAGCGACAAGAAGUGCACUGUAUUCCGACUAGAGAGAGCGAGAGAAUGGGAGAAAGAGAGAGAAUGGGAGAAAGAGAGAGAGAGAGAGAGAGAGAGAGAGAGAGAGAGAGAGAGUUCCGGUAUUAAAGAACAAACGAACAAGAAUACGCAGAAUGCGGCAUUUUAAUCGUAACACCCACGUAUCUCUGCGAUUUUUCAUAUUAUCUUCAAACGUAAAUAUAUCAAGAUUGAAGUCGUCAUUUAUGUUCCGUAAGGCUAUCGACAAUUUAUGACAAAAAAAAUGAUGGAGAUACGUAAAUGUUCUCGUCCGAAUGUCGCAUCCUGUACAAACAUGUGUCUAUAUAUAUAUAUAUCGAUGCUAUAUAUAUAGUAUAUUCUAUCUGCAGCAAAUUAAAAAGACCAGAAAAUUGAACAUAGUCUCCCUUGUCGGAGUGACACGUGCACGAUGUUGAUGUACACUGAUAAUACAUUUGAAUGACCGUUCUCUGUAAAUAUAUUAGCGUAAGGACUUCCACGCGAGUGUUAUAUUUGAAACGUUUUCUUACUGCUACCUUCAUCGUCCUUAAUUCUUGUCUAUUCUCUGAAACAAUUGUACGUUCUGUGACACGCAGCGGUGCCUUCCGUCGAAGCAGUUGGUCAGGUGAAGCGGUGUCGUGUCCCGCCAUAAGCGUCUAGUGGUCGGUACCUCGAGCGAGUCCAACAUAUCCGAGGUCGAUCUCGGUAUGAUCGGGUGCAGUACCAAUGCAGCAACGCGCACGCUCUCUAAACUGAGAGACAGCACGGCCUCCACCUCCUUGACAGAAUCCGCUGACUUGCACAAUCGCCACGGCUGAUGUUGGUUGAACAUCUGAUUGGCAGUGUGCAACAAAUCCAUCACAGCGUCCACCACGUGGUGCAAAUUGUGUUCCUCGUAAUACUGCUUAGCGGUCUCGCCUAUACCCUCCAAAAGCUUGAUGUUCUUGCGGGCCACCUCGGUCCUCAAGGUGUCCACGUAGUUCGACGGGUCGGGUAUCGCUCUGCUAGGGUUGAUAGUCUUGCCCAAACAUCGUUGCAACAGAUUCCCAAAAGUGUUGGGGAGCUCCGCGUUCAGAAUAUUCCGAAUCUUCUGUGCGUUGUAGUCUGUAGAAAUGAGGUUCGAGUAGAGAGCUGAACGAUGGCGUCUUUAAGUCAAUACGUCUCGGAUAGUAUGUACAUUUGUAUAUAAUGCGCUGUACAAUACGUGUUCUCUGGCUUACUUGCAUCCGAAUGCGGCACUGCCUGUCGCAAGAGGAAGUACCUCAGACCUUCCGUCGUGAACACUGACAUCGCGUCGAAGGGCGAAAUCACGUUCUCCUUGGACUUUGACAUUUUCCGAUCGUCGACGGUCCAGUGCCCGUGACACAGGAGUCUCUUCGGCGGCUCGAGACCCAGCGCCAUCAGAAACGCUGGCCAGUACACGCCGUGGAACUUUAGUAUGUCUUUUCCUACAAUCUACGUUCGUAGACGUUCUAUUAUCCCACCAACUUUUCAAGUAUCAAAACAGUAUUCGCUCCAGGAAUGUGAAAAUCAACAAAAUCGAUACUGUAAUUACAUUCUCUUAAUUUCUCCUCUACAACAUGAUGAAAUUCGCAUACUCGGAACGAACACUGUACCGUCUCGCACGGAAUAUUUACAUGAGUUGGCGGCCAAAAUUGUUUGAAAGAAUUGUCCGGGUAUCCUAUCGAAGUCAAAUAAUUCACCAAAGCGUCCAACCACACAUACACUGCUUGGGACUUAUUUGAAGGCGAAGGAAUGGCCCAAGGCACUCUGUCGAUAGGUCUAGAAAUACUUAAAUCUUGUAGACCUUGUUCAAUCCAACUAAGCAAACUCUUAUGGUAUAUCGCCGGUUGUACUGUAUUUUCUAAAUACAGUUUUGUAUAUUAAAACGACGAGUCUCUUCAAUAAAAACAGAUUCAGUAAUUCAA